GGCGGCGCCGCCGCGCGGGGGGCUUGUCUCGGAGGCGUCCCAAGAUGGCGGCGGCCAUGCUGGGCCCCGGGGGUUGCAGUGCGCAGGCAGCGGCCCGGCCCCGCGGCGGCGGCCGCCGGCGGCACUAAGCCCCCGCACCGCCUGCCCGCCUCGGCCCAACCGCUUAAACCCCAGCUGGCGGUGGCUUCCCGGGGAGGGCGCCGGUGCGCCGCGGCCUGCCCCGGGGCCUGCAACCGGGCCCUCAGGGCGCAGCGGUGGCCGCCGCCGUUAUGGAGGGGCCUGGCGCGGCGGCGGCGGCGGUGGGAGCCGGCCCCGGCGGCAGUAACGUCCCUGCUUUCCUCACCAAGCUGUGGACCCUGGUGGAGGAUCCCGACACCGACUCGCUCAUCUGCUGGAGCCCGAGUGGAAGCAGCUUCCAUGUGUUUGACCAAGGCCAAUUUGCCAAGGAGGUGCUUCCAAAAUACUUCAAACACAACAACAUGGCCAGCUUUGUACGGCAGCUCAAUAUGUAUGGCUUUCGAAAGGUUGUCCACAUUGAGCAGGGCGGAUUGGUGAAGCCAGAGAAAGAUGAUACUGAAUUCCAGCAUCCGUACUUCAUCCGAGGCCAGGAACAUCUCCUGGAGAACAUCAAGAGGAAAGUAACCAGCGUAUCCAGUAUAAAGAAUGAGGAUAUAAAGGUUCGGCAAGACAAUGUAACCAAGUUACUGACUGACAUCCAGGUGAUGAAAGGAAAGCAGGAGAGCAUGGACUCCAAGCUGAUAGCCAUGAAGCACGAGAAUGAGGCGUUGUGGAGGGAAGUAGCCAGCUUGAGGCAGAAGCACGCUCAGCAGCAGAAAGUUGUCAAUAAGCUUAUCCAGUUUUUGAUUUCAUUGGUGCAAUCCAACCGUAUUCUUGGGGUGAAGAGGAAGAUCCCCCUGAUGUUGAACGACAGCAGUUCAGCACAUUCCAUGCCGAAAUACAGUCGCCAGUACUCCCUGGAGCACGUCCACGGCUCAUCCCCAUACACAGCUUCUUCCCCAGCAUAUAGUGGCUCCAACCUAUAUUCCCCGGAUUCUUCAGCCAACUCUGGUCCCAUUAUCUCCGACGUGACCGAGCUAGCCCAGUCCAGCCCUUCAGCAUCUCCCAGCGGCAGUCUCGAUGAAAGGAGUAGUCCUGUGGUCCGUAUCAAAGAAGAACCCCUGAGCCCCGCCUGCAGCCCCCAGAUAGAGGAGGUCAGCCCAGGGAACCCUCCUGCUGUUGAAACUGCUCUGUCCCCCUCCACGUUCAUUGACUCCAUCCUGCAGGAGAACGAACCCAGCACUACAACCGCUGCAGCCGGCAACAGCACCACACAGCCUCAGCCCCAGGAAAAGUGCCUCAGCGUUGCCUGCCUCGACAAUUUGACUCGCACUUCGCAGAUGUCAGAGGUCACUCGUCUUUGCCCCAGUUCUUCCUCUUCCUCACUUCAUUGCAGAUCACAGCAAGGGAAUGAACUCAACGACCAUCUGGACACCAUCGAUUCCAACCUGGAUAACCUUCAGACGAUGCUGACCACACACGGCUUCAGCGUAGACACAAGCGCACUAUUAGAUCUGUUUAGCCCUUCAAUGACGGUUACAGACAUGAACCUUCCCGACCUGGACAGCAGCCUUGCCAGUAUUCAGGAUCUCCUUUCAUCCCAGGAACAGCAGAAACCUACUGAGACAGAGGCCAGCACAGCAGACACAGGAAAGCAGCUGGUGCACUACACAGCCCAGCCCCUCUUCCUGGUGGACUCGAGCGCCGUCGACAUGGGGAGCGGAGACCUGCCGAUAUUCUUUGAGCUGGGGGAAGGGCCGUAUUUCACGGACGGAGACGAGUACUCAGAAGAUCCCACCAUCUCCCUCUUGUCAGGGACUGAGCAGUCCAAACCCAAGGACCCUGCGAUAUCCUAAGGCCCAGGGCAGGGUGAAAGAGCAGAAGAGAAAGAAUACACCCUAAAGGGAAAUCCAGCCGUCAGCCUCCUCGCUUUGCACAGACAUUGAAAGCUCUAAACACCCUCUGGUUCAUGUUCGCUUCCCCCGGCACUGUGAGGAUUUCAUUUGUGUGUGUGCUUAAUGAGGUGUUUUGAAAUCUGCUUUAGAUUCUAGCCACCCAGCGCUCCUCCAGUUUGGCGGACGUCGAGGCGGAGGCGGGGGCCGAGCCGCGCAAGGGCCACCCCCCCACCCCCAUCGCCCCACCGCCGCCGUCGUCGCGUGAUCGUCGCCCGACCUGCCGCGGAGGCUUGGACGGGCACCGCCGCGGCUCCGGAGAGCGGGCAGGAGAGCCCGGUUUGCCGCAGAACACCCAGCCGCUACGCGACGCUUGCGUUUUCGUUACGCGCCCCUGCCGAGGGCGGCAGCCGUGCCCCCGGUGAGACACCGGCGGCGGCGGUGGUGGUGGUGGUGGUGGUGGUGGCGGUGGGGGGGGGGCACGGCCGUGGGGUGCUCCUCCCGGCCGGGAAGCGGGACGCUCGCCGGGUGUACAGACGGGGUAGCUUUUCUGAGGAAGGGAGUUCCCCCUCCACCCUUGUCCCCUUCCCUCCUCGCCCCCGGAGAGGCGGAUGCGAUGGUUUUUAAAAGAGAAAUAAAAGUUUGCCGAUCUGGCACCGGUG